AUGACCAAGCUAAGGAAGCUCGGCCGGGCCACGGGUCACCGUAUGUCCAUGCUCAGGACUCUGGUUUCUCAGUUGGUGAAGCACGAGCGUAUAGAGACCACCGUCACAAAGGCUAAAGAGGUUCGCCGUCUUGCUGAUAAUAUGAUUCAACUCGGUAAAGAGGGUUCACUCGAUGCUGCAAGGCGAGCAGCUGGAUUCGUUAGAGGAGAUGAUGUCAUCCACAAGAUUUUCACAGAAUUAGCAUAUAGAUACAAGGAUAGGACUGGUGGAUACACAAGGAUGCUACGUACCCGUAUACGCACUGGUGAUGCUGCUCCAAUGGCCUAUAUCGAGUUUAUUGACAGAGAGAACGAACUUAGGCAAUCAAAACCAGCAACACCUCAACCACCACAACGAGUGCCGUUGGACCCAUGGGCAAGAUCUCAGCUUUCCAAGCAGCUCGCUCCACCUAAGGAAGAGAAAAGCUCUGAUUCCGAGCUAUAA